AUGGAGACAUUGGAAGAUUAUGAUUUUGCUCUUCAUUACCAUCCUGGAAAGGCAAAUGUUGUAGCAGAUGCCUUGAAUAGGAAGAGUUAUGGCAAGUUGUCUAGCUUGGGGUUGAGAAAGUUUGAGAUGCAUGCAGAUAUUGAGGAUUUUAAGCUAUGUCUUGGUUGGGAAGGACAGGGUCCAUGCUUGUACAGUAUAUCGGCUAGACCAAUGUUUAUCCAAAGAAUAGUGGAGGCCCAAGUUCAUGAUGAGUUUUUAGAAAAAGUUAAAGCCCAGUUGGUAGAAGGUGAAGUAGAUGAAAAUUGGUCUAUGCAUGUAUAUGGGAGUGUGAGAUUUAGAGGAAGGUUGUGUAUGCUAAAAGAUGUGGAGUUGAGGAAUGAACUUCUAGCAGAUGCUCAUAGGGCAAAGUAUACCAUCCACCCUAAGAAUACCAAGAUGUAUCAAGACUUAAAGAGACAGUUCUAG